ACGAUAUUUCAUCAUAUACUCUACGUCUACUAAUCUACCUAGUUUUGAAAUCUAUCUGCAGCUAUGGCCGACUCUUUGACUGAAGAGCAAGUAUCCGAAUACAAGGAGGCCUUCUCUCUAUUCGAUAAAGAUGGCGAUGGGCAAAUCACCACCAAAGAGUUGGGAACAGUAAUGCGGUCUCUGGGGCAAAACCCUUCCGAAUCAGAACUACAGGACAUGAUCAAUGAGGUUGAUGCAGAUAACAAUGGAACCAUUGACUUCCCGGAGUUUUUGACUAUGAUGGCAAGGAAAAUGAAGGAUACCGAUUCUGAAGAAGAAAUUCGAGAAGCAUUCAAAGUUUUCGAUCGUGAUAACAACGGGUUUAUCUCUGCUGCCGAGUUACGCCACGUGAUGACUUCGAUUGGUGAGAAAUUGACCGAUGAUGAGGUUGAUGAGAUGAUUCGUGAGGCAGACCAGGAUGGUGAUGGACGAAUCGACUAUAACGAAUUUGUCCAACUCAUGAUGCAGAAAUAGGCGCUGUUCGAACGCUGUUCCAUUGAAUCCUAGGCUACGAGCGGUUGAUAUUACGUUUUGCUACUGUGCAGCCCAACAUUUGCUGUCAUGUGUUCAGUCAAACUCUUACGGAUUUCGAAUGGUAUCUAUCUAUAGUUUCUUUCGGCAUGGUGUCAAUUUAAUAAGUACUGUACCAAGCGUGCCUCUUAGUGUGCGCACCUGAUUGAAUACACGCCGGGAAAUGAUAGAAUGGAGCUUUGGAGGUCGGAAAGAGAAAGCACAUCAUGAAAAAUCAAACCAGCAAGGAGGGCAAAAAAAGGAGGGAAAAAAUUGAGAAAAACCAGAAAAAAAAGAAGUUUCCCUGCCACUCAAUUUUUUUUUUUUUUUUGUCAUUAUCAUGUUUCGCUCUUUUCCAUUUGGUUGUCUAUAAGAAGCUUAUAUCCCUGCUUAUCCUCUUUCCCCAUUUCCACAUAUCUCCCCCUGGCCUUGUUUAGUAACCUUACAGCUCCCUCCCAACGUCCUAUGUGAAUUGAAAAUUCCGCCAUGUGGUAAUCUGAACUGGCCUCAUGAAAUUUAACAAUAGAAACGGCAAACGGCAAUCAAACUUUUGCAACUCUCAUUUUUUGGUUGUAUUUUUCAACUUUUAUAUUACUAUUCUAGCCUCUCCAAUCUAACUUCCAUCAUAAUCAA